ACGUUGGUACAACUGACUAAAUGGCCACUGAAAUGCAGUAGGUGGUGGUUUGUGUCAUCUCCUUAAAUAUUUACCCUUCCUCACACGAAUGUAAGACUCGGUUCUGCGCUCGCUAUCAGAGUAAACAGUAGCGAAGGUAGUCUGAGGGCGAACCAGGCGAUGAGUUGAGACCAUGGGCAACAAACACAGCUGCUGCGUCUACGCCAGCCCCCAGGUGACCCGCAAGGAGGGGGCGGCGGCCGCAGGCCAGACAGGCGGUCGGCGAGGUUUCGACGAGCUAGCUUCCAACCACGAAGAAAGUGUCGGCAACCUUCAACACAUCAGCGAGCGCGAACCUGAAGACUGGGACACGGACCCUUCAUCACACCCGAAGGCCGGCACGAUUUUCAUGGAGCGCUCCAAGGCCUCCAUCCAGAAUGGUCUAGUCAGGAAAAAGAGCCAGAAUCACUUGUUUGAAUCUCGGCCCAUGAAGAAGAGCUCGUCUUGUUCUACGAUAUUCCUGGAUGACAGUACAGUCUCUCAACCGAACCUCAAAAGCACCGUCAAGUGCGUCGCCCUUGCCAUUUACUUCCACAUUAAAAACAGGACCUCCAACAAACACCUCGAUAUUUUUGAUGAGAAGCUCCAUCCUUUGACGAAGGAUAGUGUUCCAGAAGAUUAUGACAGGCAUAAUCCCGAACACAGGCAAAUUUACAAGUUUGUCAGGACCCUGUUCAAUGCCGCACAACUAACAGCAGAGUGUGCCAUUAUCACGCUAGUGUACUUGGAAAGGUUGCUAACAUAUGCCGAGAUUGACAUAACUCCUGGCUCGUGGAAGAGGAUAGUCCUGGGUGCUAUUUUACUCGCAUCCAAAGUGUGGGAUGAUCAAGCCGUGUGGAACGUGGACUAUUGCCAAAUAUUGAAGGACAUUACUGUUGAAAACAUGAACGAGCUGGAGCGUCAGUUUUUAGAAAUGCUGCAGUUCAACAUCAACGUGCCCUCCAGUGUUUACGCCAAGUACUACUUCGAUUUACGAACGCUGGCCGAGGCCAACGAACUCGCCUUCCCAGCCGAGCCGCUGAGCCGGUCGCGGGCGCAGAAGCUGGAGGCGAUGAGCCGCAUCGCGGAGGACCGGGUGGUCGGUGGGCUCGUCAACAGCCAGAUCUCGGCGCAGAAACGCUGGGCAUCGCUGGACAACGUCAGCUGCGCUAUCUCCCGCAGGUCCGUCGCCAUUUUGUCGUAACAUUCCUAUUUUUGUAUUGGCAAGAAAGAGAGAGAAAAAAAAUGAAAGUAAUCCAAAAUCGGA